AUGACUACUGCGAUGGCAGCGCAUCAAGAACCGAUACAUGAGCGACUUCAACCAGGACCGGAAGAACCUAUCUACCUCCAUGGAGCCUCUUGGACAGAGACUAACGAUAACCAGGAAGAGCAUAGCACGGACAUGUCGCCUUACUACAACAUGCCAAAAAGGAAUAAAAGAAAGAACUUCAAGCCACGAUGCGCGCCCAACGCGACUACUUACUCUGAUGAAUCAGAAAACUGUGAUAUCGAGACUCCCAUAAACGGAGACAGAACAGAUAACCACGAAGACUCUAAAAUUACUGUCAAAAACUUUAGCCUGCUUAAAUCUGGUGCUGUUGAUUUGAGCAGACGGCUUAGCACAGACUCAAAUGAGAACAUAGAUGCUAAUUAUGAAAAUAGAUUAGAUGAUAAGAAAGUUGAUACAUUUCAAAGAUCAUAUAUACAUAGCUUGCAAAUCAAUGAUACCGACAGAGAUCGGACAGUUUUAAACUUUAGCAAUUUACAAAAUAAAACGUUUUGUGCAAAAAAUCCAUUUGCGAUUUCACAAUUAAUUAAAACCAAUUCGCCGACACGGCGAAGGGAUUCAGAAGAUGAGGGAAAGGAUAUUAAUAGCAAUGAAAGAGAGAAUAUUGAGGAAGGUGAAGGUCAGCAAAAUGGUGACACAGCUAGUAGAAUUCUGAGGGAUUAUGCAAUGAAUACGAUGAAGGAGUUUUUGGGGAUUUAUGGUUUGUCGUCUGACGAAGUAGCGGACGCUAUAAGUGGACAAAUACGCGCUUUGGAAGCACUACAAGGUGAGUAUCUCAUCCAAAAUAUUAUUUCUUACACAGAAAUUGGAAUUUCUGAAUCUGCGAAAAAGCAGUCGCUGUCAAAUCUAAUAAAUCAUUAUGUAUUAGGUAAACCAUUUACCCAGCUGCCGCUAAGUCUGAAGCGUAGACAUGAUUCUGGUGAUGGCACAGAGAGGAGUACCAGAAGAUCUUCUUCAGCCACAGAAGAUGAGAGCUCAACCAAUAUAACACCACCGAAGACACCUGAUAACGAUAUUGAAGCUCAAAGGCAAAGAGCUCUUCAAAUAAUAAACCAACAAUCCAUGAGAUUAUACAAAAGUCAGAACCAUGAGGAAGAUGGCAGCGGCUCUGAUGAUGGAGACCAGACUCUAGAUUUGAGUGUAUCAAGAGAUACUGAUGGUCAGGAACAAUCAACAACUUCCAGCACUGGGAACAGUAUCUCAGAGUUUGAACAACAAAAUAUGUUGAUGAGAAAAAACCUAGAGGACUUAGCCAAUUUACAAAUGCAGGGUUUCUUUCAAAAACAAUCAAUGAUGGACGGUGAUGAUUCGCAAGAAAGAAAAUUGCAGGCGAGCGGUUUGCUGUCAGCGUUAAAUCAUUUGGAUCAGGCUCGUAAAAGCUCUUUACAAACCAACGUGGACUAUUCUAGAUACGUUAAAAGAUAUAGCUCAACUCUAGAAUGCGGCUCAUCAUACUGCAAAGACCUGGGCUACCGGGAGCACUUCCAUUGCAUGGAUUGCACAGCCAGAGUCUUCUGCAAGAAGGAGGAGAUGAUCCGGCAUUUUAAGUGGCACAAGAAACGCGACGAAUCUCUUGCGCAUGGCUUUAUGCGGUAUUCUCCUUUGGAUGACUGCUCAGAGCGCUUCUCAGACUGUCCCCACAAUCGGAGCCAAACCCACUACCAUUGCAUACAGGAUGGAUGUGAUAAGGUAUAUAUUUCGACGUCUGACGUCCAGAUGCACGCCAAUUACCAUCGCAAGGACUCAGCUAUCCUCCAAGAGGGUUUCCAGCGCUUCCGAGCAACGGAAAGCUGCGCAGCACCACAUUGCAUUUUCGCUGGUCAACGGACCACUCACUUCCAUUGCAGGAGGCCUGGUUGCACAUAUACCUUCAAAAAUAAGGCAGAUAUGGAAAAACAUAAAACGUACCACAUCAAAGACGAGGCUCUAUCAAAAGACGGCUUCAAAAAAUAUAUGAAGAAUGAGGCUUGCCCGUUCCGCGAGUGCCGCUUCAGUCGUACUUGCAACCAUAUCCACUGCAUUCGGCCUCACUGCAACUACGUUCUGCAUUCUAGCAGCCAGAUCUUCACGCACAAGCGAAAGCAUGAAAGGAAAGAACAAGAGAUGAAUUUUGGUCUUCCUACAUCGGUAAUCCAAAGUGCCCUUAUGCAGCAAGGAGCUGAUUUGAGCAUGUAUUCGCCAACAACCAAUUUGCAGAUUGACGAUGACAUGUCUGGAAUGGAUGAAUUUCCUCAUAGUUAUAAUCCAGCAGUAAUAGAAGAGCUAUCCCGAAAGUAUAUUGAUACGUUUAACGGUGGGAAAGAGGCAGAAGAUAAGUGCAGCAAGUGUAGCGCCCUUAACAAGCAUUAUCACUGCAUGGCUGAAGGUUGCAAGAUGGCUCACAGCUGCCACAAUACCAUGGUUAAGCACAUGUUUGAGCAUGAACAACAGAACCAGGUGACAGAAGCCUACUUCGUGACCUACACACGGAAUAACCCUUGCUCCAAUUCAGCAUGUCAACACAUCCGGGAUAUAACCCAUUACCACUGUACCUGGGAAAAUUGUGGAGCUGUUAUCUUAUCAUCUGAAGACCAGCCAUUCAGGCGCCUGGAACAUCACCGGCAGCAUGCCAUUCUAAGCCCAAUGUCACCCAACUUGGCGGCGAGAUUCGCACCGAACUUCACUCCGCAAUUAUCUGCCCAGCUACACCCGAAUGUUGCAGCUCAACUGCAAGUGCCAAGUCUUCCUAAUCUUCCACCAAAUUUGGCACAGUUGGCCCAAAUGGCCCCAAAUCUCGGACCUCAGCUGCCAAACUUACAAGCCCAACUUAACCUUGGAGCCAGUCCGGUGUCACACCACGUUAACCCUUCAAGUUCUUUGGAUGAGAUGUUCAGCAGGAAAAGAGGAAGACCUCCUAAGAAUCGAGUCGUGGAAGUUUGGACCGAUAAUAUAAAUGUGACACCCCAAGCCAUAUUUACAUCAUUCAAGCUCCCCAAAAGCAACCAAAUGCCACCAGCGAUUCAAUCUCCAGUAAUUACUACCGUUGAAGAGUUCCCACGUAUUCGCUUCCAGCACAUCGAAGUGUUCACCGGCCCAGAUAUCUGUGGCCAGUACUACGCCAGCUGCCCCUUACGUCACACUAGACUGCACAUGCACUGCAUCAACUGCAGCUACACGGCCGAAGCCCACGUUACCAUGGAAACGCAUAUGCGAGAGUCUCACUCCGUAUCCCCGCUUCUAGAGGGCUUCGACUACUUCUCCUCUUUCGAACAAUGCGGUGGGAAGAGUUGCUUCAAAAACCAGUUGAGAUCUCACUUCCACUGCGCCCAAGGAAACGGUUGUCCAGCAAUUUUGACCCAAUACUCGGCCUUAGCUACUCACAAGCACGGAAGAGGGACGCCGAUCAAGUGUGAAGAUGAAAAGCAGUUCGAAGAGGCCAAAGACUACUCGAUUAAGGAACGAGCGUCAGCCGAUAGUGUGGGUUCAGUUAAAGAGGAGUUCAUGCCAAAUUUCGUCAUCAAGAACGAGUUUGAUAACCAGGAUAACGUUUCUGUAGUAAAAGCGACAGGAACCUUCUAUCCAUCGUCCCACCUCCGGAGCAACACUUCUUCUCCACGCAGUAUCUAUGACGCUUCCCCAUCGAAGGAAAGGAAGCCGGACAAGCCAGUUCCGACAAUACCGCCGUCCUGCCAUGACCAGACCUGUCCGUUGAAUAAAUCUGGUGGGAUGAACCUUCACUACCAUUGCCCCCACUGUGGGCAGGCAUACGUCGAUUUGAAGCUUUUGUUCAGCCACAUGGUGAAAAAGCACAGCAAUGUCGAAGGUGGACCGAUAGGAUUGGCUGCUACUAAGGAGACCCUUGAGCGAGAGUAUCCAGAAAUAUCAAUUUUACCGUCAACAGCGACUUCUUCCUCUGCCCCGCAAGCACCGUCUCCUAUCCAGAGACCUCCAAACCCAGCUGAACAGGUUCAAGCAGUGCAAAGCCUCCUACUCCAGCAAUACCUUUCAGGCGGUCGUAAAGGAAGUCUUCAAGAACAGCUUAAAAUGCAGCAGCAGUACACUGCCUCAUUGGGUCUUCCAGGACUCGCCUUGUUCUCUCAGGGUGGUUCUCCAUUCCCUCUCUACCCCACGAUGAUGUACCCCCCGGAACUGCUUCUGGAGCAGAGUCUGCUCCAAUCCCACGGUCUACCUCCAGGAAUGGACAAGGAAGCGGAGCUCAUUGCUAAAUCGAGACGCAGUACGGGCACACGUGGUCCUCACAUGCGCGUGCUCAAAGAUGAGCCCAUUCCUGAGGGCUACUUGAGAUUCAGAUUUAAUGAGGACUGUGCUUAUCAGCAGUGUGGUUACAGGGAGCAUCAAACCCACUUCCACUGCACAAGAAAAGACUGCGGAUAUUCGUUCUGCGAUAAAACUAGAUUCGUUCAACACACGGCAAGACACGAGAGAUUGGACACUCUUAUGGGCGGAGACUUCCAGCAGUACCGCGCUAAUGUUUACUGUCAAAGAGCGGAGUGCCCUCACGCGUCGAAUUUUGGUCAAAACAAGGCAUCACACUUCCAUUGCCUCAAAUGCGACUUCACGUGCACCGACACAAACAAGGUGGUCGCACAUCGAAGACAACACCAGAAACUGGACUCCAUCCAGGCCGCUGGUUUCGAGAAGUUCCCGCCGAGCAAAAGCUGUGGCUACGAACCCCAAUGCAUUCACAGCAAGAAGCAGACCCACUACCAUUGUCUUCAGUGUGGAUUUGCUGUUCUCGGUCUCUCCCAGAUGACGUCACACAAGUACAAACACCAGGAAGCGAACCUCGGUCCCUCGACAAGUGCUCUCAACUGA